CUUGCCGUCGGCCCGGGGCUGAGCCGGCCGAGCCCGGCAGCGUUCUCUGCGCUGCAUCCCCCGGCCGGCUUGCAUGCAGUGUGGGCCUCCCGACAUGGUCUGCGAGACGAAGAUCGUGGCCGCCGAGGACCAUGAGGCGCUGCCGGGGGCCAAGAAGGACGCGCUGCUCGUCGCCGCUGGCGCCAUGUGGCCCCCGCUGCCUGCGCCCGGGCCCGCCGCCCCGCCGCCCGCGCCCGCGCCCCCGCCCCCGCCCCGAGGCCGCCCGGACAGCGCGGGGGGCGCGGGGCCGCCGGGGGGGCGCGGCGUGUACAUCCGCGAAUUCCGCGCGGCGGAGCAGGAGGCGGCGCGCCGCAUCUUCUACGACGGCAUCAUGGAGCGCAUCCCCAACACGGCCUUCCGCGGCCUCCGGCAGCAUCCGCGCACGCAGCUGCUCUACGCCCUGCUGGCGGCGCUCUGCUUUGCCGUGACCCGGUCACUGCUGUUGACCUGCCUGCUGCCGGUCGGGCUGCUGGGCCUGCGUUAUUACUACAGCCACAAGGUGAUCCUCGCCUACCUCGAGUGUGCGCUGCACACAGACAUGGCCGACAUCGAGCAGUACUACAUGAAGCCGCCCGGCUCCUGCUUCUGGGUGGCUGUGCUGGACGGCAACGUGGUGGGCAUCGUGGCAGCGCGAGGCCACGAGGAGGACAACACCGUGGAGCUGCUGCGUAUGUCCGUGGACUCGCGCUUCCGUGGCAAGGGCAUUGCCAAGGCGCUGGGCCGCAAGGUGCUGGAGUUCGCCCUGGUACACAACUACUCGGCGGUGGUGCUGGGCACGACGGCCGUCAAGGUGGCUGCCCACAAGCUCUACGAAUCACUGGGCUUCAGACACAUGGGCGCGAGUGACCACUACGUGCUGCCUGGCAUGACCCAGUCGCUGGCUGAGCGCCUCUUCUUCCAGGUUCGCUACCACCGCUACCGCCUGCAGCUUCGCGAGGAGUGACCACCCGCUGCCCACCCGCCCGCCUCCCCACCGCUCCCGGCUGCCUGCCCGCCCUCCCCACGUCCGCCUGUCGCCUGCCUGCCGCCCGCCGCUGGCGCGGCCCCGCUUCAGACACUCACCUUGGCGUUUUACAUUGGGUUUUUCCUUUCUCAACAACACAUGGUUCUCGGGCCAGUUCUUGAGGUGUAGGGUUGUUGCUUGUUCCCGACAUCUUGAAGGGGUGAGUUUGUUUGCAGCCACGGCCCCCACCUUUCCUAGCCUGCUGGGCCAUUCCCUCAGGCCCCGAAGGGGGACAGCGUGGAGCACCACAGCUGUUAGACAGCCUGCCCGGCCAGGGGACCUCUCCAGCCGAGUGCAGGAGCAGCUCCUCUGGCCACCGCCGUCCAGGGCAGGCACAGCUGCCCAGGCAUUGCCCAUUAAGCGCAGAACCCCCGCCACCAUGUCUCCAGCCGAGGGAGCUUCUUGCCACCACCGAAGCAGCUGGGCUUGGCUGCUAUCCUGGAGGCUGGCUGGGCCGUGUGGCCAAGCUGGCUGUGGCCUGCUUUGCUCUGUGCAUGCUGAGGAUGUGGUCUGGCUGCAGCACACCCGCAUGCCCGCAGCCCCUGCCCACUGCCCUGCCCAGACUGGACCCUGAGACCCGGCUGGGGAGCCCCACCGGGCCCCUGGCUUCACCCCUUUGCUUUGACAUCACAUCAUCCUUUCCUUUGGUCCCGCCCCUUCCCCUGCCAGGGCCUUGGCUGAUUGGCGUCACCAUCGAGGUGUGGUUCCUAUAGCAACCAUACACAGCCCGGCUGGCCCCUCAGGAGAGCUGGCCCGGGGUGGAGGGCUGGGGACCCCUCCUCCUCCCAGGGCUCUCUAGAUCUUGUGUGGCCCCCAGCCCUCCCCAGGAGCCACUCUGCUUCCCGGCUAACGGGCCAGUCUGUGAAUCUUACUAACUCAAGCCGCCGCCGACACCCACAAAGUCCACAGCUUCUCCCAGCCUGAACCUGACCCCAUUUUUUAAUAAGUUAUUUAGACAGAAUAGCAACUCUGCAUGACUUUACUUCUUGGGACAAAAUGGUAGCUUGUACCUUAAGUCACACGCACACCUCUGUGUGAGUGGUAGGAAUAUGCACUAUUUCUGGCCCAGUUCUGGUGGCGGUGGGUAGCCGGAGGGUUUCAGAGUUCAAAAUUUCAGAAGGAGACCCUGAUUUAGCAUCAUUUCCCCCAAAAGAGCAUCUGGUUUGUGAGCAGUUGAGGUCGUCUCUCUCCAGCCCGGGCAGAGGGGGUUGGGGAUGGCAUGGAAACAGCUACCUUUGGGGGUGGAGGGUGAGUAGGUCUCUUGCCCUUCUGGGCUCUGGGGCCUGGCUGUGUCCCCCGAAUCUGAGGCAGGCCUGACCAGAGGGUGGGCUGGGAGGGGAGGGGCAGGUGGCAAUGGCAGUGCUGCCUCUUCCAGCCGUGUUCCCCGGGCUGGCUGCCCUGUGACCAUAGUGCUGCCAAGACUCCCUCUUAUGUGGGGGCUUGAGGAGGGGGUGGUGGGGACGGCAGGCCGUGGAGCUGAGUCCCAGUCCCCAAGGCCCUUGUGCAGACCCACGGAGGGGCUGUUCUUAGGGGUGCUUCCGAAGUGAAUGAGUUAGCUCAACGAGCCCGGCUUCCCGAAGGGCCUUUGUUCUCAGCCGUGAUUGAGACGUUGCAGACUCCUGUACAGACCCUGCUCCCCUGUACAUUUCUCCCUGGUGGCGCCCGGUCCCUGCACGGGGAUGGGGGUUUUGUAGACUGUACAGAAAUUGGCACCCUAUUUUCUUGCAGCUCUCAGAUUUUGUUAAUCUGGAUUAUACAGACAGACGUAAAGUGUUUUAGCAAAACGGAAAACAAACAGUUUGUGCCUUUUUUCAUGUUUCUGUUUGGUUUGGUUCUGGCUUGGGGCUGGUCUUAGUUGGCGUUGGCGCGUUGGGGGGCUGGCUGGUUGGAAGGCUUGGCUGGGGCGGGGUUGGCAGGGCAGGGGCUAAAGGGGAUUGACGUCGUGGGGGACACAUUCUGUGCAGUGGGCAGCUUGUGCCGCUGGCUUUCAUUCAUCCUGUGCCUUUGGAGCUUCUGGGAUCUGGGGUGGGUCACGUGGGUGAGGUCCCCAGAGUCCCCUGAAGCCAGGGGCAGAACCUGGGGGCCCCGGCUCUGACAGCACUGUGCAGGUGCUGCUGCUGGGGCUUCCUGAAGCCCUGCCCAUUGGUAGCUCAGAGGGCCCGGGGCAGGGUAUGGCCCUGCAGUCCUGGGGCAUCUGUUUGUCUGCCCAACCAGCCAUGGGGUUUACAGGUGGGGUGGGAUUGCUGUAUCUUCCCCCAGCUGCGUGGUCAGUGGGUGGUGGGGCGCUUGCUGGGACUUUCGGCCUUUCUUUGUUGCUCUCUCAUUGCUGUGCAGGACGUGGCUGGGGGCCAUGUACUCAGAGCCCUGGGCUAGCCAUGGUUUUGCUCUGAUUGGAUGGGGCUCCCUGCAACCCAGCCGAUGAGGGGGGCAUAGUGGCCCAGCGGGCUGGGUUUCCACUGUGCCCUGGGCUGCAGCCUGUGCCAAGCCGGUGUGUGGCUCUGUGGCCCCACAGAAUGACCUAGAGCUGACCUCCCCAUCCUCCACCUGUCCGCCAGCCUGAUAGCAGACAGCUCUGCAAACGUGCACUGAGCUAGGACUUUUAUACCGUUUGUAGAAAUUUUGAUGUUACCUGUACUACCUCUGUGAUGUGUCCUCCUGGGCUCCUGGGCAGCGAGGCGUCUGUUGGAUCUUCUUUCUCUCUCAGUGUACUGGCCCUGGGCCCUCUCCCUCCCUCCCGCCCUGCUGCCUCCUGGAUGCUUCCUGGAUGGAUGGCACCUAGACUUAGCAUUUGGUGAGGGCCCUGUGCUUGGGUCUGGGACCCCUAGUUUCCAGAUCUGCUCUGAAAUUGGUGGUGUUCGAGGUGGGGAGGUGGGAGAGCAGAGUCAUUAGAUGAAUUUAACAGACAGACCCAACCUGCAGCUCUGGGGAGUGGGAUUGUAGUGUCCUCGGCUCCUGUGGCUGGGGAAGGAGGCGGGGUUGGCUGUAGGGCUGACUGACACCCAGUGCCACCAGGUCCUGGUCAUGCGGCUAGACGCCAUCUUAUGGCUUGUGUGAGCCUCUGCGGAUGGCUGACUCCUGUGAGUGGUCAGGGUGUGUGGCUGCACGUGGCUGAGGCCAGCGUGAGGAUCAGUUCUUGAAUGUGGAGGAGUGCAUCUGUCACUGUGGCCACCAUGGCAGUGUCUCCCACUGUUCUUCCAUCCCCAGGCCCAGCCUUGCUCCCUCCGGGCAUCUGCCCUGGGGCAGGGAGCCACUGAGAUGCUGCCCAUCCUGGGUGGAGGGGCAGAGGAUACAGAGCCAGCCUGGCCUGUGUGCCCAGGAUCUCUUUCCCAUGUGGUAGGGCCCAGGCUGACAGGGUGGGCGGCCCCGUGGGACAGCUCUGGCUGGAGGCCCUGUGGACAGCUGGCCUGGGCCUACAAGGCCUUGGGGGACCUCUCCCAGGUACAGAUUUGAGUGGGCCCAUGCCCUCUUUUAGAGGAGGUGACAGGCUCCUCCAGGCCCUUGGAGGAGGUAAAGUGGGGGUAGACCCAGCUCAGAGGAAUGGGGGAUGCCCCUGAAGUGAGCUUCCUUGGGUACCUUGGAAGUGCUCAGGAAGCUCUCUGGGGCUUAUGGGCCCUGGUGCUGGGAGCCAUGGUUCCCCUGCUGCCCUGUCCUCACCAGGUGGCCCCUGCCCACCCCAGGGUGGCCCUUGAGGCCCUUGCCUGCCCCGGAUGGCCCCUAAGGCCCCUGCCCACCCUGGGUGGCCACUGUGGUCCCUGCCUGCCCCAGGCAGCCUGGGCUCUCACCAGAACUGGCUUUCAGAGCUGGGCAGGGGGUCAGAGACUGAGUUAGUGGUACUGGGCUUUGCUAGCAUGCAGGGCUGUGUAGGGGCCAUGCUGGCGCUGUGCUGGCGUGAUGGGGUCUGUUAGUGUGCAGGGUGGCUGCCAGGCAGGGCUCUGCCCCACACUGGGAGCCUCGAGGCCUCUCCUCCAGUUAGGGCGCGCUCUCUUGUGCCGUAUCGUUGUUACUGUGGGCUUACAAGCAGCUUCUGUGAAUGAGACAUUCCUGUGCUGGUUGCUCCGUGGCUGAGACUUCAGGAAUGUGCGUUCCAGGCUGGCUGUGUGGCAGAGGCUGGGUGCCCAGAGACGUGCUUCCAGCAAUUGGGGGAAGUCUAUGGGACAGAGGGCACCACGGCCACCUGGAGCCUGGGGUCCAGGAGCGGGAGCUCUCACAGGGGCCAUUGUUGGAUGUAAAUUUUUUUUAACAGCAAUAAUUAGCCAUUUUAAAGACAAGCAUGUGUGUAUCUGUGUGUUGUGUGUUUGGGUAUGCGUGUAUGUGCACGUGUGCGUGUGCAUAUAUGGUGACAAGGAGGGACCCUGAUGGCGAGUCCUCUUGGUCUGGCUGAGAAGAGGCAGCUGGGGCACUUGGCAGAGAAGGCUGGCUGACUCUGAGGCCUGCACCCCGCUACCCCCACCCAUGCUGCCCCAGGGCCUGCCUGGGAUCCUUCUCCAUAUGCCCUCUUGUCUCGUCCAGACCUGCUGGGCUCUAGCUGGGGACCAUGAAUGUAGUGUCCCCUCGCUCCUCAGUGGAGAGUGCUGGCCUUACAUAGCCAACAGCCCCGUGCCACUAGGCCUCAGUAAAGGGGCAGGUAAUGCAUCAGGGAGGGGAUGCGUGGCUGGGGCCGGAGGAUGUGGGCCCCUAAAGCCCUCUUGGCUGGGAGAGGCCAUGGGUCUCUGGGAUCCUGGGGAAGGAGGGGCUGGCAGGGACUCUUUGGAGGUGUGGAGGCUGCCAGGGCACUUGAUUGUGACAGGUCACCAGAGCGGCUGCAGUUAGUUCUGGCGAUUUGACAAGGUGGAGGUGGCAGAGGCCAUGGCCAUGGCCUGCAGGGCUGCCGUGGUUGAUGGAGGAACAGAGCCAGAGCUCAGGGUGGGCGGUCGGCUCCACGUGUUUUGGUUCGCUCCUAGAAGUGUACUGUAAGACCACAACUGUAGCAAUUGUCCUGAGACCCCAGGAUGUGCCAAAAAGCCCCCAGGGACCCAGUGGGGGCAAAGGAGCUGGGUUCUGGUGGGGCGGCUGCCUGCUGGAUCCAGGGCUGGGGUGGCAGGGUCCCAGGCCCUGGCCCUGGUGUGGUGUGUGACCCCUCUGCCUGCACGGCCCCCAUGCUGCUGUUUUUCAAUAAAACCAGACUUGAAGGAUCUGGGUCCAAGUGCUUCUUGCGGGUCCCCUCUUGUUCUAGGGCUCCAUGAGCCAGGCUGGGC